ACGUACACUCGAGUUUAACAGCUGAUAUUUAUUCUAAUUUUAGGUCAUUUCAAAGUAAUUUCCGACAUAUUUAGUGGACGUGUUAGGUAGCAAAGAUAGUUAGAAACUUAGAAUACUUCUUUUAUCUCUGAUUCCUCUUUCAACUCUCUCAACGUCACAACACACGAAACACCAGUUUCGAAAAAGAUGGAAAGCAAACUUCACAUCGUAAUGUUUCCAUGGUUUGCGUAUGGUCAUAUAAACCCAUUCAUCCAGCUCUCUAACAAGCUAUCCUCCCAUGGCAUCCAAAUCUCCUCCUUUUCGAUACCCGGAAACAUCGACCGUAUCGAAUCCUCCCUUAAUACCAAUCCUCUCAACCAAGUCAUCCCCCUCACUAUCCCAACUGAAGGACUUUCCUCCGACUUUGACAGCAGCUCUGACAUAACACCAGAAACUGCUGAACUCCUCAAAGUAGCACUUGAUCAAAUGCAACCCCAAGUCAGAACCCUCUUAUCUCAACUCCAACCCCACAUUAUCCUCUUUGAUUUUGCACAUUACUGGCUUCCCUCAAUUGCCUAUGAACUAGGCAUCAAGGCUGUCAAUUACAGCGUAUUCUCGGCCGUUGCGAAUUCAUAUCUAACUGUCCCAGCAAGAAUCAGUGAUCCAAACAAACAACCCGCUGUUGAUGACUUAAAGCACCCUCUUCCAGGGUUCCCUAAAACCCCAAUCACAUCAGUGAAAACCUUCCAAGCUCGAGACUUCCUAUACCUUUUCAAGAGUUUCAAUGGCUUACCUUCCGGUUUCAAUAGAAUAUUGAGCUUUAUAAAAUCAUGUGAUGCUAUAAUCUAUAAAACCUGCACUGAAAUAGAAGGUCCGUACAUCGAUUUCUUGAAAACCCAGAUAGGAAAACCAAUGCUUUUAGCAGGAUCAGCUGUUCCUCCACCACCUUCUGGUAAACUAGAAGAAAAAUGGGAAACAUGGUUGGGUAAAUACCCUGAGCAAUCAGUCAUAUUUUGUAAUUUCGGAAGCGAAACAUACUUGAAUAAUGAGCAGAUUCAGGAGCUUGCACUUGGGUUGGAGCUCACUGGUCUACCCUUUUUCCUGGUUCUGAAUUUCGGAACCGGUAGCGUUGACGCUCAGAAUAAGCUAGAAGCAUCACUACCAGAAGGAUUUAGAGAAAGAAUCAAAGACAGGGGAGUAGUGCAUACAGGGUGGGUGCAACAGCAGCACAUUUUAGCACACAAAAGUGUAGGAUGCUAUCUUAAUCACUCAGGGUUUAGCUCUGUAAUAGAGGGUAUUGUGAAUGAUUGUCAGCUAGCAUUUGUGCCUCAAAAGGGUGAUCAAUUCCUAAAUUCUAAGAUGUUUAGUGGGGAUCUUAAAGUUGGGGUGGAGGUAAAUAGAAGAGAUGAAGAUGGGUUUUUCGGAAAAGAGGACAUCUUGGAAGCAAUUAAGACAGUCAUGGUGGAUACUGAUAAAGAACCAAGCAAAUCCAUCAGAAAGAAUCACAGAAAUUGGAAAAAGUUUUUCUUAGACAAGGACAUUGAAACUAAAUAUAGCAAUUUAGUCAAGGAGUUAGAAGCAUUGGCUCGAAAAGCUUGAUCAUGGCUUCUGAAGGUCAAUAAGUUAGAGUUCUGGGAAAUAAUAAAACAUUCUGCAUUUAGAUUCAUGUUUUUAUUAUGAGAUGAUAUAUUCUUGCCAUUUUUUCUUCUCUUAUAAGCAUUAUUGUAUUUUUGUUAUGUACAAUAUAUUGGUUGUUGUUUCAUUA